AUGGUUCCCCCAUCGCCAGACUCUUCCAUCGUCUCUCCGCUCACCGUCGGUUCCACCCAUGAAGCUGCCGUGAUACAGAGCAUUGAGCGCGGCGAGUAUGCCACCGACGACCUCGACGAAACACGCAGCUUGACCGAUAGCAUACGACAGCACAUCGUCGAUGGCGGUCUCAGAUAUCAUUCUUAUAAACAAGGGAAAUAUCUGUUCCCCAACGACGAAGUCGAGCAGGAUCGUGAAGAGCUCAAGCACAAUUUGACCGUCUACCUGUGCGAGGAUAGAUUGUUCUUUGCCCCAAUUGACCGUGUCUUGGAAAAGGGUGCCGAGGUACUCGAUCUGGUUGCUGACAACUACCCCAACACACAAUUCCACGGCAUGGACCUCUCACCUAUCCAGCCUGACUGGGUUCCUGAAAACGCCCUCUUUUUUGUUGACGACAUUGAGCAUGAAGCUGGCUGGACAUAUAACGCGGACUCGUUCGACUAUAUCCACAUUCGCCAUACUCUUCAUUCGAUAAAGGAUCGAGAACAGCUCUGGGACCGAAUCUGGAAGCAUCUAAAACCUGGAGGUUACGUGGAAGUCCAGGAAUUUCUUUUUGUAGCGGCCUCCGACGAUAACUCGUGCGAUGGACCCUAUGCUUGGCGCGAUUGGUGCAGGUACCUGAAGGAGGGCAUGGCUGCUCUCGGCAGCGACAUUCACGGCAUCAACUAUGUCCACGGCGAGCUUGCCCAAGCGGGUUUCGAAAACAUCACAACAAAGAGCUACAAGUGUCCCGUUGGGCCAUGGGCAAAGAAGCAACGACUUCAAGAAUGCGGCCAUGUUAUGCGCGAUGUUAUAAUGUGGGGUCUCGUCGGUCUAUCCCGACGUCCUUUCCGCGAUGGCCUCGGCUGGACAUUGAUUCAAAUCGAAAUGUUCCUCGUCGAGGUUCGCAAGUGCUUGAUGGAAGAAGUCAAUGGGUUGCCGAGGUACCACACUUACUUCCCCUAUUACAACAUACACGCUCGGAAACCACUCAACCCCAGCGUCGGCAUGACCGAAAGCUGA